AUGACAGAUUCGUGUGAACAUGAUAAUGUUAACAUGGUAGUGACCAGAAGUGGUAAGUCAACUGAAGAACCAGAAGAAAACAGUGCGGAGGAAGAUGGGUUGUUAGAGGUCGAUUUAGAAAUCGAAGAAACAAAGAACCCAGAGGAAGAAGUUGUGAUAAUGCCUGUAAAGGGGAAAGAAAAAGCUUCUAAACCAAUCAUCAAACUACCUUACCCUCCAAGACAAAAGAAGAAAGAUCAACAUGAAAAUAAUUUUGAGAAGUUUUUGGAAAUGUUUAAGAAACUUGAAAUAAACAUUCCAUUUUCUGAAGCUCUAGAACAAAUGCCAAUAUAUGCCAAAUUCAUGAAAGACAACACAUCCAAAAAGCGCUCCACGAAUGUAGACCCGGUCAUCCUCACUGAAACAUGUAGUGUUAUUCUCCAAGGUAUGAAAAUUCAUGUGAAAAAGAAAGAUAGGGGUUCUGUUACUAUUCCUUGCUGUAUUGGUGAUAGAAAGUUCAAGAAGGCUAUAAUUGAUUUGGGAGCUAGUGUGAGUUUGAUGCCACUGCCCAUUUACAAAAAAUUGGGCCUUGGCACCGUUUAA